AUGGAUAUCAGUCUACUCGCCUUGCGGACGCCAUUGAAGACAUGCAAUUCCUGUCACUCCGCGUUCCCUCCGAACCCCAAUCCCACCAUAGAAAGAAUGGAUGAAUAUCUCUCUCAACAUCGCAACCGUCGCCCGUCAUAUAAGGAGCUCACCGGGUUGAAGUACUGCCUUGACUCCGCCAAACAGGACCUCAAAGCAUACACCGAAGAAAUCCAAAGGAUUGGGAAGGUGUUGCAGGAGCUGGAGACUAGGAAGGGAGUUUUAGCACAGGCGACGUCACGAAUCGAACAACUCCUUCGCCCAUCUAUUCUUCGCCUCCCGGUGGAAAUCUUGUUGGCCAUCUUCUAUAUCUACGUUGAAAAUUCUGGAAGGAAUGAGGGCAAAUCUUGUGCUCACCCUGCUCUUACUAUCGGCCGCGUGUGUUCGCAAUGGCGGGAUGUUGUGUACUCAUCUUCUGGCCUUUGGUCCGAGAUCUACGAUGAAGAGAUCCCGUCAUACGACUCUACCAGCGGUCGGCGUUUUACCCAGCUCUGUCUUCGCAACUCUGGGGAAUUACCACUCCAGAUAUCGUUUCUGUCCCAUACUCCCGAAAUGCGGGAACCAUUUCUCGAGGUGGUCAAACAUAGCCGCCGGUGGAAGCACGUGACGGUUGACUGCUUUCCAAGUUAUUGCGACUUUCCAGCCGAUGUUCCUAUGCUCGAGACAUUGACUCUUACCGGACCAUCCCAUCGGAAACUACCCGCCAUCAAGGUUCUCAGCCCGGCCCUACGCAGGCUCAGGUUAUACGAUGAGCUGGGAGGUUCGUUUCGUUUCGACACUAGCUCUCUGACACAUUUUUCCUUGGAGAACGUGAUCGACUUCUUUACCUUUUUCAAUAUCCUCGAACGCUCGCCCAUGCUUACUACCCUUGAAGUAGAAAGGAUGACAUUCCGCUCGUCAAAGACCCUCGAUUCUCCCUUGUCUCUUCCCCAAUUAACUUCCCUGGCUAUCCGCGAUCUAGGUACUCGCACAUCUCCCGUGUGCUCAUUUUCCAACAAUAUCGCGGUACCUCAACUCACGAAUCUCAGCAUCGCUGGCAGAUCAGAUUACGCCCUUGGCCUUUUUGAUCCUCAAAUCACAUCGUCCCGAGCGAUCUCUAUCUCACCUCCACCGCUCACCUCUUUGACUCUUUCCUUCCUCUUAUUCAAUUGUGUUCAGGAUCUAUUCGAUAUCCUCACUCCUUUCAAUGACACUUUAACGAGUCUGAGCCUCGUUAUGUGCUUGCUCGGCUCUAGAGGAGAAUGGGACGAACUCCUGAGACGGAUGACCUUUCCUCAGUCGGACAGGUUGUUGGAAAACUUGAAGGAGCUGGAAUUUGGAUAUCGUCCGUGGACGCGGGAUUACGAUACUCUCUUUCUCGAUAUGGUUGAAUCGAGGUGGCGGGUCGACAACUUGACGUCGAGGUUGUUGCGACUACGCGUGGCGUGCAGCAUCGACAGCGACAAGAUGGGUGUUGCAAAUAACCUUUCUGUACUUUCAGAGCAAGGUCUUGAAGUGGAUAUUUAUUCCUCAGAGACUUAG